UGUGAUCAGGUAUUUCCAUUACAGGUUUGUCGACAAUUAUACAUCAAUGAUGUAGAUAUAUAGUAAAUUGGCACUUCAAUGGAAAAAUGACAAGAUUAUCAAAUAACCAAUAAUAUAAGGGAUAUGAUAAUUGAUUGUUACAAAAGAUGAAGAUUGAAGAUAUGGCGAUGAAAAAUAACAGAAAAUAACGCACUUUUCUCACUUUGUUAUGGGCUGUAGCUUUAAUCUUGGCCUAACUAGUAUCGACCCUCAAUCUGAAUGUAACAGAGUUUCAUAAUUAAAAGGCGCAAAAGGCUGUGUUUUCAAAUUCCACUGUCGACUGUUCUGUUCAUCGCUCUUCCUUGUCUCGUCGCCGCUUCUGUUCUUCAUCAUGAGUGCCUUUGAUGCUGCUGUUGUUUGUGCUGUCGUCCAUGCCCGGUUACGAGAAGAGCAGGAAAGGGCGGAGAGACAUAAGGCAAGAGAGAACAUACAAAUAUCUACAAGAAGAUAUCGUGAAAGAGCAGCUGCUGAAGCACGCCGGAGUGAUGAUGUAAGAGCUGUAGAGCAAAAGGCUGCUGCUGCAGAGAGAGAGGAGAAGGAAGCACGUAAAAGGGUUGAAAAUGACGCCCAAGUUAAGGUAGAAAGGGCUGCUACCGAGGCCAAAGAGCGAGCUGCAGCUGAUGAAAGGAUGAACCAACAGAAGAAUGAAGAAAUGGCUGCUGCAAAAUCAACAAAGAACCCGCUGAAAAGGCUUCUACAGUGUUGGAACUGUUGUUCAUAGUUAUUUAGUCCUUGUUUUAUAUUGUUCUUUAUAAGUAUGAUCUCUGCAAUUUAAUAUUUGCUCGCAAUGACUCUUUAUACUUUCAUCUGUUCUUUAGAACCAACUCAUAUAAUGUUAAUUGAAUGUUCUUAUAUAUGUCACAUUAUCUAUUUAGUGAGAUA